AUGAAGAUUUUCAUAUUUUUUGGCUUCUUUUCCUCAUAUUUUUUCCUUUCGAAUGCCAAGGAUUAUGAUAUUGAAAUUCUACCAGAAAAAUGCGAUUGUCUUGAUUGGUAUGGUAGAUGUCGGGUAAAUGGAGAGAAAUGGGUUGAUGACAGUUUAUGGAAAUACUCUUGUGAUGGAAAAGAGAGAUCGGAAGCAUCUUUCACUGGUUGUCAUGAAGAAAAAGGAGAUGUUCCGGUUGGACAAAACAUAACUAUUGAUGAUUUAUGGCAAGUUUGCACACAGGAUGAACAGAAGUUAUACUUUGAAAUUGAGCCAUUCUGUGAAUUCAAUGGAACUAAAAUACGUGUUGGACAAGAGUAUCGAGAUGGAAGUUUUCAGUGGUUAUGUCUGUCCACUGGUAGAUGGAUUACAGGUUGUUACUACUUCAAUGAAACUCACACAGAUCUACUACUUCGUGUCGGAGAGAACGCAUUCAAUGGAUUAAUUGAACAUGUUUGCUCGAAAAGACAAGAAUAUCCAGCAAUUGUUCAAUAUUAUACACAGACCAUACUGUGUAGCCUCUCGUCCUCGGACUCUGACAAUUCAACUGUUUCAACCCACAGAAUUCUUGAAACAACGUCUUCUACUCCUCUUAAAUGUAGUCGUGAUUAUCAUUGUUCUAGUUGUGAUGUAUGUCUCUCUGGAAUAUGUACUCAUCAAAGCAAUCUCAACUGUUCCCGUGACUAUCAUUGUACCUCUCCUUGUGAUGUUUGUCGUUCUGGAAAGUGUAUUCCAGGGGAUAAAUCGAAGAAAUGUGAAACAGUGAAAGAUUGUGAUGCAGGAGGAUGGUGUCUCGAUUCGAAAUGUGUUGAGAAUAAAUGUGAAAAAGAUUCUGAUUGUGGAAUGGAGAAGGCUGUUUGUAAACAAGGAUUUUGUAAACUCGCUUGA